AUGUCUGAGACGGACAAGCAAGAAACUCAAGACGAGGUGAACGAAGAGCCUGAGCCUGUGAAGGAGGAGGAGGAGGAGGACAAGAACGAAUUCACUAACGUCUCAGAGCAGCUGGUGCUUCAUCCUUUGAAGCAGAAGUGGACAUAUUGGUAUUUAAAUGACGAUCGUCAGGCUUGUUGGGAAGAUCGUCUCAAACCUGUUUGCACGUUCAGCACUGUUGAAGAAUUCUGGGCGCUGUACAACAACAUUCGGCCUCCAUCUGGCCUAAGUUGUUUGUGUGACUACAAUGUAUUCAAAUAUGGCAUUCAACCAAUGUGGGAAGUGCCUGAAAACCGCAAAGGAGGGCGCUGGCUGAUUACGAUCGAAAAAGGGCGACCAGGUGAGAUAAUGGAUUUGAUUUGGUUGGAAAUUCCUUAUCGCAAUGAUUGGUGA